UUUUUACCUUAUGAUUGUAUUUGUAGCACCAAUGCACUUCACCACAUGGGAAAAUACCUUUUGUGGGAUCCACAAUGACCAACAAUAAUUGAUAAUUCCUCUUAAUCCCCUCUGUACUCCUGCUGGCAACACUUGCCUCUAAGCUUCUUCUUGUUCUUCAUGUUCUUAUUCUCCUCCACCAUCAUAUCAACAAAAAAAAAAUCCCACUUUUUAAAAUCCCCAAAUUAAUAAAUUUCUCAAAACCCCAAAUCUUUUUUUCACUCUUUCUAUGCUCUAACCAAAAAAAAACAUUUUUUUUGGUUAUAAUAUACCAAAAUGGUGGUUCUUGGAAAUUCCUUUGUGAUAUUUACAUUUGUUUUGUGUUCUAUAUGGGUAUUUACAUCAGCAGAUUCAUCUAUAUAUGAAGUUCUUAAAUCCCAUGGAUUGCCAAUGGGAUUACUACCAAAGGGUGUGAGGAAUUUCACUUUAGAUAAUUCUGGGAAUUUUGUGGUUCAUUUAGAUCAACCUUGUAAUUCAAAAUUUGAGAAAAAAGAAAAUGAAUUGCACUAUGAAAGGAAUGUUUCAGGGAGUUUGAGUUUUGGUCAAAUUGAUUUGAUUUCUGGGAUUUCUGCUAAAGAUUUGUUUUUGUGGUUUCAAGUUAAGAAAAUCUAUGUGUCAUCUUCAAGUUCUGGGGUGAUUUAUUUUGAUGUUGGAGUUGUUUCUAAGCAGUUUUCAUUGUCUUCAUUUGAUAAUCCAAAGGAAUGUACUGCUGUUCAGGUUACAGAUCUUGAAGAUGCCAAACAGGACUCUAAGAGUCUAUCCGGAAACAUUCGAUACAAGCUUGAUCAGGGGAGUAUUGGCAGUGCUAUUUUGUAGAAUAUUUCAGUUCAAAAUUUGGUUACAGAGUUGUUGCACAUAGCUCAAUCAAGUUCUUUGGAUGGUCUAUCAUUCCUUGUAUGUAAAUUGUCUGCAGAGAGUUUAGUGCCUUUGAAAACAAAUUGUGCUAUACUGGUUUGCAUUUUCUUGUCUAGUAAAGACAAUUGCGAAUUCAGAAUCUACAGUCAGUGAAUUCGGAAAUCGAAUAUUAGAAAUUGGAAUCAAGAAAAGGAGGUAAGCAAGUAAGAUACUGAUGCCAAAUUGUUUGGAGGGGUAUAGGGAUGCAGGUUCAUCUGCUCAAAAAAAUGUGAAAUUUCUCAGAUAAGGUUUGUUUCUUUUUUGUUGGAUUCAUUUAUGGACAUAGUCAUAGUUAUGGAAUUUAAAGCAAAUCACUUUUUUUUUUGUAGUUGGGAGGCAUAGAAUAUGAAAUAAUGAAAUAAAUUUGCCCUUUCCUUUCUUGUACUAUUUCUUGUCAUUGUAUUUUGAAUUUUGAUAGUAAUUUUACAUUUAAUGUGCUAGUAUGCAU